AUGCUCGUCGGCAAGAGGACGGCAGUCGGCAGUGCGCCGCUGGGAGCGCGCGAGCCGCAGCUGAAACGCAGACAAACAGAGGCAGGCAACUGCGUUGUGGACUACGGGGAUUACCGCUUGUGGGCUUCCUGCUACGGCGACAAAGGGUUGCGCAAGCAGAUGGAAGACGAGCACCUCCUCAUACCGUCUCUCCUUCCUUACCAGCCUGCGCUCUCCCCGUCCAACGACUUCGCACUCUUCGCGGUCUUCGACGGCCACGGCGGCAGACAGAGUGCAGCGUUCGUCAAGGAGGCGCUUCCUGCGGAGCUCGCGGCACAGCUUCUCAUCUUGCAAGAGGAGAAGAAGGGAAAAACCGUGUCUGAAGGUGCCCACGACGUCGCCCUCGAUGGCGACUACUCCGACGGCGAGGGGGCGGUGGAGGGAGAGCUCAGCGACAGAGACAUGAAGCGAAUCAUUUAUGGAGCGUGCCGGAAAGUCGAUGCGCGCAUCGCGACAGAGAUUCCUGCAUGCAGAGAUGGGUGCACCGCUGUCGUCGCCUUGUUCCACGGAAGGCAUGUCUACAUUGCCGGCCUCGGUGACAGCGUCGCUUAUCUUGCGCGUCGAAGAGACCGAACUCUCCACAGCAUUCCUUUGACGGAGGUGCAUCGGCAUUGGGUCAUCGAGGAGAAGGAGCGCAUCGCGCGCAUGGGCGGCACGAUCGAGAACGGCCGCGUGAACGGCUCUCUGGAAGUCACACGGUCCUUUGGAGACAUCUCGCUGAAACGUUACGGCGUUUCGUGCAUUCCUACGGUCAAGAAGUUCACCUUGGAGCCUGCGCUGGACGAGUUCGUCUUGAUGGGAUGCGACGGUUUUUGGAACUGUUGGACCGCGAGCGAGGCGGUGGCGCUCGCUGCCGAGCUCUGGGAAAAGGAAAUCCGAUCUAGCAAGGUCCACUCGCGCCCUGGCGAGCCGCAGAACGUCUGCAAGCAGCUCGUGGAGCAUGUUCUUAUUGACAAGAAAUCUCAGGAUAACAUCACAGUCUUGCUGAUCAGAGUGGCGCGUGACUAG